GCGGCUCGCUCCAUUCAUCGCGCUCGGCAUGGCCGGCGGCGGCGGCGCGGAGCGGCCCGGGGCCGGGGGGCUCCUGCCGCCCGCGCUCCGCCAGCACCGCCGCAGGGAGAGCCGCGAGCGGCUGUCGGUGUGCAGCAAGCUGUGCUACGCCGUCGGGGGGGCUCCGUACCAGAUCACGGGCUGCGCCCUCGGCUUCUUCCUCCAGAUCUACCUCCUGGACGUGGCGCAGGUGGACGCUUUCUAUGCCUCCAUCAUCCUAUUUGUGGGACGAGUGUGGGAUGCCAUCACAGACCCCAUGGUGGGGUUCUUCAUCAGCAAAACUUCCUGGACCCGCUUUGGCCGCCUGAUGCCCUGGAUCAUGUUCUCCACCCCUUUUGCCAUCAUCUCCUACUUCCUCAUCUGGUUUGUGCCAGACAUCUCCACAGGACAAGUGAUGUGGUACCUUGUCUUCUACUGUGCCUUCCAGACCCUCGUGACGUGCUUCCACGUGCCUUACUCAGCACUCACCAUGUUCAUCAGCAGGGAGCAGAGCGAGCGGGACUCGGCCACGGCCUACCGAAUGACCGUGGAGGUGCUGGGCACCGUGCUGGGCACUGCCAUCCAGGGCCAGAUCGUUGGCAAAGUGGACACUCCCUGCGUGGGGAGCCCCUUCUUCUUCGGCUUGACCAACUCCUCGGUGGCCAUGGAGGAGCUGAACAUGACCCACGACACCGGGUCCCUCACAGACACUAGAAAUGCCUACAUGAUCGCUGCCGGGGUCAUCGGGGGGCUCUACGUCCUCUGUGCCCUCAUCCUGGUGCUGGGCGUGAGGGAGAGGAGAGAGUCCUGCGAGCUGCAGUCGGACGAGCCUGUCUCCUUCUUCCAGGGGCUGAAGCUGGUGAUGAACCACGGGCCCUACAUCAAGCUCAUCGCCGGCUUCCUCUUCACCUCGCUGGCCUUCAUGCUGCUGGAGGGAAACUUUGCCCUCUUCUGCACCUACACCCUGGGCUUCCGCAAUGAGUUCCAGAACAUUCUCCUGGCCAUCAUGCUCUCGGCCACCUUGACCAUUCCCUUCUGGCAGUGGUUCCUGACCCGUUUUGGGAAGAAGAGAGCUGUCUACGUGGGCAUCUCUUCUGCCAUCCCCUUCCUCAUCGCCGUGGUUGUCCUGGACAGUAACCUCUUUGUCACCUACGUGGUGGCCGUCGCCGCUGGCAUCAGCGUGGCAGCCGCCUUCCUCCUGCCCUGGUCCAUGCUGCCAGAUGUCAUCGAUGACUUCAAGCUGCAGCACCCCAGCUCCCGUGGCCACGAGGCCAUCUUCUUCUCCUUCUAUGUCUUCUUCACCAAGUUCACUGCUGGGGUCUCCCUGGGCAUCUCCACACUCAGCCUGGACUUCGCAGGGUACCAGACCCGGGGCUGCUCCCAGCCUGGCCAGGUGAAUCUCACCCUGAAGAUGUUGGUGUCUGCUGUGCCCGUGGGGCUGAUCCUGCUGAGCCUGCUGCUCUUCAAGCUCUACCCCAUCGACGAGGAGAAGAGGAGCAAAAACAAGAAAGCCCUGCAGGAUUUAAGGCGAGCAUCAGGCAGCAAGCACAGCCCGUGGGGGGAGGAGAGCAACAGCAGCUCGGAGUCGGACAACACAGAACUGGCCAGCAUCGUGUGACCCGGGCUGGGUCUGUCUGCUCACUCUGGGGCUCCCCAGGGGCUCGUCCCCUCGGGGCUGGCCCAGCCUGGUGGCCCUGGAGGUGCUGGAGGAGCCGUGGGGAGCAUCCACUGCCUCGAACUCGGGAUCUGUGCCUGUCCCGUGCCUUGCACGGGGCCCACAGAGCGCUGGUAGUGUACAUUACACACAUGGUGGUGCCUCACCAGGGACAAGCACUCUCCCUGCCGGGCUCUGGAGGGCAGGGAAGCCCAGCCUGGGGUGGUUUUGCCUGGAUCAGCUGUGCCCAGUGCCCUGCCUGGGGGUGAUCGUUAGUGUACAUUACACUGUCAGUGUGCCCGCGCCCAGGACGUGAGCUCACCUCUGCUGUCUCGACAGAGGGCACUAAUGUGGGACCUGUGCUUUUUUUACAGAGCCUAAUUAACUUAAUGAUGUAAAUAUGGAGCCGUUUCCUGUUUGUAUAUAUCUGUACAGAGCCCCAACCCGAGGACCUGUUUAAUAUUAAUUUACAUAAAAGUGGGGGAAGUCGG